AUGAACAACCAACAUCCAUCGGCUUGGGCCUCGGGAUUGCAGUUACAACUCGAGCCACCUGCAAUACAUACGCGUGUAGCAAAAGUACCAGAAGGAAGCCAUAGACGGUAUCCGCCAACUCCCUAUCCUCAUGCCCGGCACGCACAGUUGCCGUCAGAGAUACCUCGGCCACAGCCAGGUUCUCUGUAUCCACCGCGUGUCACAACGAUAUACCCACCUCCAGUCCCCGUUCUACUUGCCAAACCGGUGGCCAAAUCCAGAAGCCCUUCUAAAACCCCUACCUACGAGUCUGCUCCUGCUCCACCGCCCAUGAUUGUCAGACUUCCCGAUGGAUGGGAAAAGGGUAGACGGUUCCCCUUGAUUCCGGAACAAGAACCGCCGAAAAAGGUCUACGCACAUGGUCCGGUCUUUCCAGAUCUGAAGCGUGAAGAUUAUCGACCUCGCUGUGGUGUCUGCUUGAACACGUUCUCCAGCUGUCAAGACCUCAAUCACCAUUACAAAGUAUAUCAUCCGGAGCAAUUCGAAAAGGAGGAACGUCGCGUCCGACAGGAAGAACGCCUUGCACGAGAGAGAAAGCACCGUGUACAAGAGGAGGAGCGUCGUGCGGAAGAGGAAGAACGUCGUGUACGAACGGAGGGACGUCGUGCCUAUGAACGUCGCGAGCAAGAGUUGGAGGAUCAAGAGAGGGGAAAGGGGCUGCUAGAAGGGGACGGUUCGGAGCACCAGCCUGGUGAGCAACACCGCGACGAGUUGGAGCCAAAACUUGCACAGGCCAUGCGCAGUACGACACCCGUUUUUCGUCCCGCUUAG